CGUCCGUCAUCGCACUGCUAGCCUAGAAAAAUAUGAUCCCGAGAAGAGCAGCUCCUGCGCUUCAACACUUAGGACAAUUUAACUGCAACUAAUUUUAGUUGAAAUCACACAACGUCGCUGAGUUUGGUUCUUACAUUUUCCCUGUCUUUUUCUGCGCUGGACCAUUCGUGUCAGAAAAUGUGCGUGGAGAGCGAUGGAUGCGAGAUUGAAGGCUGCAGCAGUUCGGAUGAGGUGCGCACGCUGUCGGGAAGCAUGAGCCCCGGACUGAAAUCCAGCCCGGACCUCCACCCGUGUAAACCGGGGCAGAAAUUCCGCGCUGCUCUGCUUAGAUGCCGUUCACCGGCCGCUGCCGCCGGGAUCCUCACCUUUGGGAACGUCCUCAAUUACAUGGAUAGAUCCACUGUAGCCGGUGUUGCUCAAGACAUCAAGCGAUAUUAUCUUGUGUCAGACAGUGGAAUCGGCUUGUUGCAAACAGUCUUCAUCUGCAGCUUCAUGGUGGCAGCUCCCAUCUUCGGUUACCUUGGUGACCGCUUCAACAGAAAGGUCAUCCUGAGCUGUGGCAUUUUCUUCUGGUCUAUUGUUACUCUGUCAAGCUCCUUCAUCAGUAAAGAGUACUACUGGCUGUUUGUGCUCUCCAGGGGACUGGUGGGCAUUGGUGAGUCCAGCUACUCCUCCAUCUCUCCAACCAUCAUAGGGGACCUGUUCACUAAUAACUGCCGCACCAUGAUGCUGUCUGUGUUCUACCUGGCCAUCCCCUUGGGAAGUGGGUUGGGUUAUAUCCUGGGCUCUGGCGCCAAGGAGGUUGCAGGAGACUGGCACUGGGCACUGAGGGUGUCCCCAGUUUUAGGGAUCACUGCAGGAACUCUGAUCCUGCUCUUUGUGCCUGAGCCAAAGAGAGGCAGUGACCAGAUGGGAGGACGCAUCAGGACCCGCACCUCCUGGUUCUGUGACAUGAAGGCCCUCACCAGGAAUCGGAGCUAUGUGUUCUCCACCCUGGCAUCAUCGGCAGUGUCCUUUGCCACGGGUGCAUUCGGUAUUUGGAUUCCUCAGUACCUGGUCAGAGCCCAGGUGGUGCAGAAGACAGCAGUAGAACUCUGUGCAAAUAACAUCUGCAGUAGCACAGAGAGUCUAAUCUUCGGUGCAAUCACCUGUGUGACGGGUCUAUUAGGCGUGGUCAUUGGGGCGGCCACCACACGCCUGUGUCGCCAGAAGACGGCGCGUGCUGACCCGCUGGUGUGCGCUGUCAGCAUGCUGGGCUCAGCCAUCUUCAUCUGCCUCAUCUUUGUGGUGGCCAAGAAGAACAUCAUAGGAGCUUAUGUUUGCAUCUUCAUAGGAGAGACGCUGCUUUUCCUAAACUGGGCCAUAACAGCAGACAUUUUAAUGUUUGUUGUUAUCCCCACACGAAGAGCAACAGCGGUUGCCUUUCAGAGCUUCACGUCUCAUCUCCUGGGUGACGCGGGAAGUCCGUACCUCAUAGGCCUGAUCUCCGAUUCCCUUAGGCAGAGCUACACCAUGUCGGCACUGUGGCAGUUCCUCAGUCUGGGCUAUGCCCUCAUGCUCUGUCCCUUCAUCAUUGUCCUGGGGGGCAUGUUUUUCCUGGCCACUGCAUUGUUUUUCCUGGAUGACAGAGAGAAGGCAGAGAAACAGUUGAGCCAGCUGACACGACCACCAUCCUCAGUCAAGGUAUGACCAGGUGACAACCAAAUAAGGAGCUGUCUGCAGGAGCAACCAAACUCAAUACGGAUGACAAGCUGGAAAUAAAGAGCAAGGGUAGCUGAUGCACUUCUUUAGAACCACACCCGCGUCAUCCUCCCUGUCGUCAUCGUCUUUGUCCUCCUUGCUCCUGCUGCUCUUCCUUUUUAUAAGCUCGUAGAGGCUGCUCAGAUUGGGAACGAGGGAGCGUCUUGCCCCUCCUUGAACUGCCACUGAUUCACAGACUAGCGAGAGGGUCCACAGCAGUGCACUGAGGCUCCAGCUGGUGUCCUCCUCACCUCUGUCUGCAAGGAUCCACUGAACCUUCUAGGGAGGAGGUGGGGCUGCAAAGUCCCCUGUGAUCCCCUCUGACUUCUGAUGUCAUACUACUGAAAGCUGACCAUGAACCUGCCCUGUCUGUCUGUCUGUGUGUCUGUCAAGUAGUCUGUCUCUUAUGCGUCCAUCUGUUACAUUGGCUGUCAAUCUGCACCAAGUGCCAUCACAUCAUUACAUUCCUUCAGACUUGCACUGACCACCAACAACUCUCAUGACUUCAUCACUGCUUAUGCUUACAUGCCCAAUAUAGUUCACCUUUUGGCUGCAAAAUGAGUUUCAAUAAGCUGUUUAUAUGCAUCAUCUACAGUCAUAAAGCUCCUCUGGUGUCUCUGGUGUCCCAUGCAAAUUUUCCACCAUUCAUUUUGCACAGACUUUCUCUAGUUAAGUGCUGUUUAUCAGUUCAAACAAGCAGUCAGUAAUGUGACUAGCAUCAAAUUACCCUACAUAUCUUUAUCACAGUAUUAACAACAUGAACAUCAUUUAAAUAUAGUGUUUACAUGAUGACCGCAGUAUUCUCACAAUCAUUACGUUUUGCUGUGCAUGUAACCAUAGCUAUCAAUCAGGAGCCAAAAAAGUGUUACUGUCUAAAGGUCAAUGAAUCCGCCUUAAAAAAAUUGGAGCUUUCACAUCAGCAGAUGCUUACCUUGACCACCCUUUUUUAUUUUUAGCUUUUAGCACUUAAAUCAGUGUAGACAGUGCCAGGGAACAUGGCAGAGAUUAGAGGUUUCUGCACAUUACUUUUCACAAGGUUUCUUGUGAUUUUUUUUUCUGUGUGAUGUUAGAUUUUAAAUUGGAGGUUGCUGCCUAUGAUUGUUUCAGAAGGAUAAUGAAGCAACCCAGGUGAUUUAAAGCAGACACUGGAUUAUAUAGUUUAUCAUUUAUAAUGUACAUGCUUUUCCCAGAAGUAAAUGAAAUGCUACUUUGUUGACUUUUAGGGAUUAACGCCUGUGUUUUGUGUACAUAAGAAGCAAUACAAAAGAUAUGUGUGCAAACCAACAAUUUUUUAUACACACUGCCUUAUCAGUGAGCUGGGCUUCCCUUUAAAGGGCUCACUCUCUGAUGGUUGGUUUUGAAUUUCUGGACACAACACCCACACAGAAAGAAAGCCACUUUUAAUGACGAAUUCCAGUCUGGUCCAUGCUUGUUACAAUAACAGGUAUUGUGAGAAGAGAUCUUCCCCUUUGCAAUUGUAGAUAUUCCAUUGCACAAUUAGAAGAAAGGACCUUUGAGAAGAGCUCAAGUCACAUCAUCACGUUAUUAGUGAGGGAAAUCAAAAUCCCAGACAGGAAAGAGAAAUUAUUCAGCUGCAGGUUAGACUAAUGGUAAGCUCUUAGCAGUGAUAACAGAUCGGUGAGGAAUCCCCCUUUAAGAGCAUCCCAGCAUGUCCUCAGAUGUCACUCCACAAACCAAAAGUCCCCUUCAAUAGCCACACCAGAAGAUGACAGAGAUUUAUAGAGGAAGUAGAAGUACACAAUAGACAGAAAACCUGGAUUUGAGUUCAUCACUCUAUGCACGAAUCACAGUAUCCUACAUGUAAUUAUACAAUAUAAAUGCAAUCUCCUGUGAAAAGGAGGGAAUUCUGUGAGGACGGCUGCAGUUUGUUGCUCGUAUAGACAAAGAUUUAGGCAAAAGCUUCAUUUGAAGCUUAAAGAUCCUUUUUUUGUCAUAUAUUACCUGGUGGAUAUAGUUUUAGUGAGUCAAAGUAAUGAAGUCAAAAUGUGUGAAGCUUGUGCUUAAAGGGAAAAAAGCACUUUGCAGACCUCUAAGAAAACACAGAAGGAGAAGAAUGGAGUCAUGUUAGCCGAAGGAUGAAGGUGACAUUGAGGUGGUUCUUGUAGCAUUGAUGUGCAAGCAUGACUCACUGGCUGUGUGUGGGGUGCUAUGUGGGCUGUGUCCUUGUUGCCAGAUCAUUAGCUUUAGCAUUUCUCCAACUGUGGAGUUUUCUGAAUGUGAUUCUGUUCAACUUGAUGUGUUUACACAACUACAUCUUCUUAAUGAACUAAGCUUCUUACCUUCCUUGUAUCUAGUUUCCUUUUGUUUUUUAAUGUUACCAAAUGAGUUUUUCUAAUAACUACAAUAUAUAUAUAUAUAUAUAGCUAUAUCACGCAGCAAUUUUAAUAUAUUGUAAAUGAUGGCUUGGAUGCAAAGUAUUUAUUUGUUUAUUACCAUAAUGAAGAAUAAUCUAUAAAGGGAACUUUAAAGUUUGAGUGUACUACUCUUUGUUGUAUGUCCUUGGGUUUAGAAAUGCCUAUUUGUUCAUCUUUUGUAUCCCAAUGAAACAGCACAAGACCUUUUUUAUAUUACUAAGAUUUACCAUGCUUACUGUGACCAUGAAUUGGACAUCUCACACAUAUUAUACACAGAGGAACCGCAAUGAAAUGGUGGAAGACAACAUAUUGAUUUCAUUGUUAGGGUGCAAUACUUUUGCAUUCGUGUUUGUAGCCCUUAUAGGUUUUUUUUUUUAAGUACAACUGAUCAAAUCAUUUUUGCACACUUAAUGUUCAGGGAUUUAUUUGAACCAUAGCAACUUCACAGCCUCUGCCUCAGUCGUCUGUCACUUCCUGCUCUCCAUGCUGACAUGCUGUCAUUUAUCUGAAUCUCUCGUCAGAUAGGUCAUGAAUCAAAUUUCAUUUUGCCAAAUUUUGUUUAAUUAACAUCAAUCUUUUAGGAAUACAAGUCCAUUGUAUCAAUAAAUAAUCAUAUGUUAAUAAUCACUGAAGUGAUGUAUUGCUAUUUCUUGUUAUACAAGAAGCAUGUAUAAAGAAACCUAUUUCUGGUAUCGGGCAGAAAACGGUGGCUAUUUUUAUAUUUGGAGCAAUGAAAUACAAGUGUCAGAGAAAUCAAUGGAUAUUAUUCUAGAAUUGAACUGUGAUGCUCCCUUGAUGGGUUGAUAGAAAUGUACA